GUAAGUCGGUCGUUUGAAAUCUGAAAAUUUCAAAAAAAAUUGGAAUGAAAAAUAUCUUUUUUUGCAGUAUUUUGCGAUUUGCGUCCUUGAAGUAUUGGUCACGUUAGUUGUUUUUAUAUCAUACUUCAAUGGCGAAAGUUUUAUCAUGUUCUGUCAAGAACUAUGACAGCAUCAUUAAAAAAUUGAUGACAUGUGGUUCUUACAUCAGGCAGAGGAAUGGAACUUGUAGCUCUAUCAUUGCAAAAUGUGGAUCUAAAAUAUCUCGUCAGAUAUCGGACAAUAAUGUACCUUUGUUACGAUUUCUUUCAACCAGCCCAUACUUAUGUGUAAGCGAUGACAUCCAUUCAACUAUAAAAAAUGAUCAAGAAACUAAAUCGAUUCUUCAAGAAAUAUUCACUGACUUUGAAAAUGAGGCAAAGCAACGAAGAAAAGAACCUGAAAAAGAAGAAAGGAAUGAUCUGAGUGAAAGAGUCUCGGAUAUAUCAAACAAUAAAGAUGAUGACAACAGUUCCUUCAGUGCUGAAUCUAAAAAUUCAGAAAACUAUGCUUACGACUAUGAGGAGUUCAUAGAUGAUGAUCAUGACGUCGUCUAUGAAAAUGUUGUUGAACGAGUCAUUCCUAUCAGUUUAGAAAGGGGAACAGAGGGUGUAUAUAACAUUGGCGAGCUUGUGAAACUACUUGAAACAGAAAACACCAAAGACAUUUGUGUUAUAAAUGUUCCUAAGGAAUACAACUAUGUUAACCAGAUUGUCAUUGGAACAGCAAAAUCUACCAGACAAUUGACAGCCAUUGCAGAGGAAGUCAAACAAUUGUUCAAAAAGAAGAGAAGGAAGGGUGAUCAACAGAGUGUGAAGAUUGAAGGAGAGAAUAGCAAAGAUUGGAAGGCUUUAGAUUUAGGGAACAUAGCUCUACACUUAUUCCUGCAGAAGACCAGGGAACUUUAUGACUUAGAGACUUUAUGGACAGUUGGGGCAGAGUAUGACCCUAUGUCAGUUGAAGAGGAAGAUGACUAUGGACUCUUCCUUCCAUUCAAACCAGAUGAUGAGGGAAUGCAAGAACUUGCAGAAUAUGUCAAGAAGAAACAUAAAAGAACUGAAAGUGCAAUGAGGGAUACUAUUGUAGAUGAAAUGGACCAGGCUUUGGAUGAUUUUAGAAAUUCAGGAGAUUUUCACGGGGAUAAAGAUAAGAGAUGAUAUUUAAUUAUCUCCUCAAACUUCAUUGAUGUAAGCAUUGUGCUCCUCUUCAGUACAGCUCUGUUAAACAUGGAGAAUAUGAGUGGCAUAUAGUCAUAUAGUCAUCAGCAUUGAUU